CGCGCGCGGGGAAAAGCCCGGCCUUGAGCGCGGACCGGGCCUUCGCCGCCUCCCGGGGCCUCCAGCGGCCGGUUCUACCUGGCGCCGCAGCGCCUUCCCGUCCGCAUGGAGAGCCCCGCCGCCACCUUCAGCCUGGCCUACGUGGUGCUGGCCGUGUGCUUCGUCUUCCCGCCCAACGAGUUCCACCUGGCCGGGCUGACGGUGCAGAACCUGCUGGGCGGCUGGCUGGGCAGCGAAGACGCGGCCUUCGUCCAAUACCACCUCCGGCGGGGCGCCGGCACUCUCCUGGCCCACGCCCUGCUGCCCUUCGGUUACUAUGCUGGCAUGUGCUUUGCAGCACCCGAGAAACAACUUUGCAGUUUUUAUCAGGCUCCAGAAAGCUGGAGAGUCUUUUUAUUGUUGGCUGUUCUUGCCCCAACUAUUGCUGGUAUCCUAAUAUAUUACUGGUCACGAAAUGGCUGGAAUAACCACCCCCUAGUCAAGACACUUUCCCUUUAUGCCCUCCCACAGUCAGGUUGGAGGGCAGUGGCUUCCUCUAUCAACACAGAAUUCAGGAGGAUUGACAAGUUUGCUACGGGAGCCCCGGGAGCCCGAGUAAUUGUUACGGACACCUGGAUCAUGAAAGUGACCACAUACUCUUUACAUAUUGCGCAGCAGCGAGAUAUUUUUCUAACCGUGGUGGACUCCAGACAGCAUGAUCUCUUGCCAGACUCGAACAUGCCUGCACAGUUCCUCACAAUUCGUGUUGCCAGUAUUAAUCCUCAUGUGAAACCUUUUACUAUCCGGCUGAAUUCAACAGAAUAUGGGGAACUGAGAGAAAAGCUCCAUGCUCCCAUCCGUAAUGCUGCUAAUGUGGUAAUACAUCAGAGCCUCAGUGACUUGUUCCUGGAAACCUUUACCUCUUUGGUAGAGACAAAUCAGACAUACAGUGUUUCAAGCAAUCAGGAGCUAGACCCAUGCAUUGGGUGUAUGCAAACUACUGCAAAUGUCAAGCUUUUGAAGAAUUGUCAAGAGCCGAAUGAAGGAGAGUGCCAACAAUGCUACUGUCGUCCCAUGUGGUGCCUGACUUGCAUGGGCAAAUGGUUUGCCAGUCGGCAAGACCAGCAGCACCCAGAAACCUGGCUUUCGAGCCGCGUGCCUUGCCCAACCUGCAGAGCCAAAUUCUGCAUUUUAGAUGUUUGUGUUAUACGAUGAACAGGUCCCGGAACACUCCUUUAAUCUGAAUGUACUUCAAAGGUGGAUGAAUCCACUUGCUGUUUACUUUUUAUGAUUCUGUUCAUGGGGACUUUCUGUUUGCUGUCUUUCUGAUUAUUUUUCUAUUGGUUCAGUUUUUUUAUUGCUGUAACCAAACAACGGAAAAUGAUUAUUUUUCACCAGCUUUGGCUAUUCUCUUUGGUUACAUUAAAUAUUGUGUGAUAGUUUAGAAUCACAUCAGACCUGUACUGAAGCAGAAUUAGGGAACCUAGGGAACCCUGUGGCCUUCAAAGCUGUCCUUUCCACUAGUAGAAGAGGCAAUUUCCAUUGAUUACGCUGCCUCCUACCAUCUACUAUGGAGGGUUGGGAGACACACAGGGGUGAGGGGGUGGGUUGCCAGAAAUAGUCUCCCCACACAACCUAGCAGUGGAGGGAACAGUUCUGGCCAUUAUCUUCAUGAGACCUGUUCAGGUUGAAACACGUAGCACAAAAUGGGGUGAACAUAAAUUUAACUAGUUGGAGCAAUACAGCCAAUCAGUUCAGCUCUUGACUACAUAGCAUAUUAAAAGAAGAAGAAGCCCAUCUGCUCAGUAGUGGUUGGGGGCUUGCCUAUUAAACAAUACAUAACCAGUCUCAUCUGGGCUGGUGAACUGAUCACAAUUGUAUUAUGUCUGAAAUCAGAACAAAAGUCACAGUAUAAAAGUACAUGUGUUAAGGUUUCAGGAAUCUAGUAUUAGAUGGAUGCUUUCUCUUUUGAAACAACUCUCAAAUACUUGCCCUGGAAUAGAACAUCUGAUUUUGCAAGAAUAAAUGUUCUAUGGGCUUUCGCCCUUUUAAAGUUAAUUAAAUUAAAUAGUUGGCUGGGAUUCUGGGAGAGAUGGGACAAUUUUUGUUAGUCAUGGAAUAUGUAUCAGAAAAUCUUUAGGUCAGAACUUUUUAAUGCUUGUUGCUGCCCCAGCUUCUAAUGCUUGGGAUUCAGAUGAGACACAAAAUAGAUCAAUUGUACAUGAGAUACAAACUAUUGUAAAUAGAUUAGUAUCCUAAAAUGCAAUCCCGUAUUACUUUGUAAAUCAAUAUUAAUCUUUAUGGGAUCUCUGCACUUACUUUUCCUUGAUCUUCGGAGGCCUCCCAUUAUUAAAUGAGAAGGAUCACAGUUCACAUACCCUUAAUAUGUAUGAAAUUGAACUUCACUUAUUUAAAAUGCUUGCUGACUAUCCCACCUCCAUAAGAUAUGUUCUUAACCUUACUAACCUUGAGGCUAGUCUAGCUGACAUGCAGUUACUAUUCUUCCUACUAUUAUGAUGUGGGAAAAUACAACAAGCCAUAGUAAGUCUGUUUUGCCAGUUGCCAUCUGGGUGUACAGCAUUAGGCUGGAGCUCCUAUCUGCCUCUAAUGCAUUUGUACUAUUCCAGCAGGAGCAGAGGGACAAGUCCCUAUGGAUUACAGCUAUGUAUUGCCUUGGUAGACAAGGUCACAGUGGUUAUCAGGGUUGUGAAAACAUGGGAAGCACCUGCAUUGCUAUUUUGUUGGCAUAUGCCCUGAAUAUUGCCUUUGAUAGAUGCCUCUGCCUAGGUGCCUUACAAGUACCUGUUCAUCUUGUGUGUCUUGUAGAGCCACCCACUGGAGGGGAACCAGAAGCAGGCAUUGAUCUGCAGUUUCAACUUUAUAGUCUUCCACUCGCUUGGUAGUGAUUUAAACUGGAGGAUUAUCCAGCUCUUGCUUGUGGGAUCACCCUGUGUUUUUGCAGGAGGAUUGUUCGAGAAUUGCUUUGUGUUCUGUUAUUUUGCCAUUGUACGCCAUUUCCCCAGCUACCUCCAUGGAAAUUGGGCAAAGACCACACUGUGAAGAGACAUGCAAUUCUAGUUCUCAACUGUGUGGGUAACUGCCAUGGGGCAACUGUCUGCAUCCUCAGUAUUGAUCCUUCACUCCGGCAAGUAACUCAUGUUGUGAUCUUUUAGUGGGUCUUUGAGGGUGCUCUGAAGGAGGAUCCACUCUGAAAGAUUGACAAGGACACACUAUAAACAUUUCUCCAACAUUUGUUUCUUGUACAGUAUGAAAUAAAAGAUCAUAUCCAGGGUACUCUGUAAUACUACUUUCUUUGUCGUCGUCGCCCCCCCCCCAAAUGUAUUGCAACCUUCCAUAUUUUUUUACUUCCUUAGUAUACAUAAACUCAUUUUUGUUGAUUCUGUAUUUGUUUGUUAUGGAUAAUUAGCAAUGCACAAACCCUCAGGGCAGAAGAGGGAGGGAGAGAGAGUGUGUAUCUAUGUCCCAGCUCCUGCCAACCUAGCAGUUCGAAAGCAUGCUCAUGCAAGUAGAUAAAUAGGUACCACUGCAGCGGGAAGAUCAAUGGUGUUUCUGUGCGGUCUGGUUUCCGUCAUGGUGUUCCGUUGCGGCAGAAGCUGUUUAGUCCUGCUGGCCACAUGACCUGGAAAGCUUCUCUGUCUGUGGACAAAUGUCAGCACCCUUGGCCUGAAAGCGAGAUGAGCGCCACAACCCCAUAGUUGCCUUUGACUGGACUUGCUCUGUCCAGGGGUCCUUUGCACCGUGUGUGUGUGUGUGUGUGUGUGUGUGUGUGUGAGAGAGAGAGAGAGA